AUGGACGAAGUGGUGGUAGUGAGUUGGGCUAUUUGGCAUGCGCGGAAUGACUUUGUUUGGCAAAAGAAGAGUUGGCUUGCUUCAAAUAUUGUAACAUCAGCAAGAAACAUGCAUGAUCAAUACAAAUUUGCUCAGGGAAGGAAGGGUCUUUUGUUGCCUCCUUUGAAUGAUGGGGGGCGGAACUGUGAGCAUUGGAUUGCACCUGUGUUAAACAAGAUUAAAGUUAAUGUUGAUGGGGCUUUAUUUAAACAAGAGGGGCAGUUUGGAGUGGGCUGUGUAGCUCGAUCUCAUCAUGCUACCAUGGUAUAA